GACGUGGGAAUUUCCUUAUUAUUUUAGAAUGAGUCAAGAAUCGACCCAUGGUCAGUACGUUCCGGAGCCGGAGCACGUGAGCGUGCACACGGUGAACACCGAGGGUUCGAGUUUCACGCCUCCGGGUGACGGAGGGCAACGAUAGAAUCAACCUGCGCCAGCGAGACAGCCACCAGCUGUACCACCGCCAGUCGUACCACCUCCAGUGAUGCCACCGUUGCUGAUGCCGCCGGUGGCCUACGAGCAGAUCUUUCCGGCCAUGAUGGCCCAUUAUAUGCAGCACAUGGCGCAGCUUAUGCCCAUGUUCCAGCCACCGCCACCACCACAGCCGCAGCCGCGCAUCGUUACCUUCAAGAUGUUGAAGGAUAAUGGAGCGGAAGAGUUUCGAGGAGAGAAGAUGGGGGAGCCCCAGAUUGCAUUGGAUUGGCUUGAGCAGAUGGACCGGGUACUCAAGAAUUUGAGAGUCCCAGAUGCUGAUCGCUCGGAGUUGGCGUCACAGAUGUUCCGGAAGGGAGCAUAUGAUUGGUGGAAGCGCAUUGACCAGGAUCCACACACGCCCAAGCCGUGGACCUGGGAUCGCUUCGAUCGAGCCUUCACGAAGGAGUACGUCCCCACCCGGUACCGCGAGGAGAGGCGCGAUGAAUUCGUUGCGCUUAAGCAGGAGGGGAUGUCACUGCCUGAACUGAGACAGAGGUUCGACUACCUGUCCCAGUAUGCGAUGAGUCUGGUCUCCACUCCGGAGGAUCGUUUGAAUGAGUUCGUCAAGAAGCUACGGCCGGACUUGAGGCCGUACGCUGCGCUGAUCACGACGACAGAUUUUAAUGCGGCGUAUGAUUUGAUUGUGAAGACGGAAAAGAGCUUGGACGAUUUGCAGGCAACCAAGAAGGAGGAUCGAGCGACGAAAGACCCGCGACUCGCGGCCAGCACUGGGCCGAGCGGGAAGAGUUUUGGAUUCGGGGGAAAGAGGUACGAGAAGGGUUCUUCGAGUGCGCCGCCGCCUAAGAGGAGGUAUUUCAGGAGGCAUUGCCCGACAAACCCUAGCAGCGAGCCUGUUUUACCUAGAGCUCCGGAUCAGCCUGCCGGAUCACAUCCAACACGGAGUCAGCAGUCUACGGCCGCAAAUAAUCAACAGAGAGCACGUCCGCAGCAGCCAGGCCGGGCACCAGCGCGUACCUACGCCAUGCAUGGGCGCACAGAUCCUAGUCCUGAUGUUAUCUUGGGUACGUUCAUACUAUUUGAUUCGGUUAUGCAUGCCUUGAUCGAUCCGGGUUCUACGCUCUCCUAUAUCUGUGUUGGCAUGCCUGCUAAUUCUGCGAUUGUGAGGAGUGACCUUGAGAUACCUACCGUUGUAUCGAAUCCGCUAGGACAUAGCAUGCGUCUUCAUCACAUCUAUCAUAGGUGUCCGUUGUCCGUGCAAGGGAAGCAAUUCCCUGCAGAUUUGAUAGAGCUACCAAACAAGGAGUUUGACAUUAUCCUUGGUAUGGAUUGGCUCACAGAGCAUAGAGCAGUGGUCGACUGCAGUUGUCGGACCGUACGGCUGAGAGCCGAGGACGGUAGUGACGUAUCACUCUCCGGGGAGGUGUUCCCCAAGACUCCCGAGUUCAUAUCGUCCUUGAGCGCGAGGCGCUUGAUUCGCAAGAAGUGCGAGAUGUUCCUGUGUCACGUUCAGGAUAUGCGAAAAGAAUCGCCACGUCAGCCGGACAUUCGUACGGUUUGCGACUUCCCCGAUGUCUUUCCCAAAGACCUACCUGCUUUGCCUCCGCCGAGAGAGGUAGAGUUCUCGAUCAAUCUCAUUCCGGGACCUGUUGCUUACAGGUUAGAGUUGCCACCAGAGUUGAACAGGAUUCACGACGUCUUUCAUGUCUCCAUGCUACGUAGAUACCGUUCAGAUCCGACUCAUGUGUUGCCGACCAAUGCUGUAACCCUCGAUGAGAGUUUGUCUUACGAAAAAGAACCAGUUAAGAUCUUGGCGCGCGAAACUAAAGUACUAAGAAAUAAGACGGUACCUUUGGUAAAGGUACUAUGGCGUAAUCAUGCGGUGGAAGAAGCAACCUGGGAGACCGAAGAAUCUAUGCGAACUCAGUACCCUCAUCUCUUCGACGACCAAUGACUCAG